AUGCCCUCUAAGAAAGAUGCACUGAAACAGCUACGUGAGCUGCGUGCUGGUGGGGGGAAACGGUCACAGCAGUACGAGGUGAAGGAGAGUGGCAGGAUCGUCGAGGAGGUUGAUGAGGACGAGUACAGGAAGCUGUGUAAGGCCAGACGGAAUGACAACUUUGUGGUGGAUGACCAGGGUGGCGAUGGUGGUGGGUAUAUCGAUGACGGGCAGGAGCUGUGGGAUGAGGAGGAGUAUGACUCGGACUUAGAGAGGCUUAAUGACGAGGAGGAGAUGGGAGGAUCGAAGAAUGCCAGGAAGAUGCUGGAGAGGGCGCGUAGGCAGAGGAAAGCGGAGCAGGAGGCGGCGGCUAGGAGGAUGCAGGAGAGGGAGAAGGGACAGAGGGGGAUCGCACAGUUUUUCAAGGAUGCACCUCGGAACAAGCCAGCGUCACGACCGAAGGAGGGAGAGGAUUCGGCACCGGUCGACACAGCAGCAGUUGAGGACAUGCUCGAGGGUUUUGAGGAUGAGCUCUUGGCAAUGGAGCAAGGGGAAGGCGUUGGGGUUCGUCCGGCCAGGGUGCCCUCGAAUAGGAAGAGGCCUGUUGAGGAGUGCCGGGUAACGGAGGAUAGCAGUGCUGUGAAGGCAGAGGAUGAAGAAGUUGUGGUUGAGAACAACGACUGUAUGGUGGAUGACCUCGUGGGGCCUACUCCGAAGUCUGUCACCAAGAGGCGCCGCACGAGCGUAGAUGAGGGCAGCACGUCGGUCGAGGUGGCAUCAAAUAUGAAAGAGAACGAUGGGCCAGUAACGAGGGCAGUAGCGAAGAAGGAGGAUCCCGCGAGCCCAGGGGCUCCCAAGCCGAAAGUUACGAGGGAAGGUGGAGUGAAGUGCAGCGAUGAUACUCCACAGAAAGUGGUGGAUUUCGGCGACUCCUGGCUAAUCACAGAUGAAGCUGACGAGACUCCAUCGAAGGCUUCGUCCCCUAGUCCGCAGGGAUCAAGUCCUGCGGAGGACCAUGGCCUUGAUGCUGUGAAGGAGGAGGAGGAUGGGUCACUCAUGAUGUACCUCCUCGACGUGUAUGAGGAUGUGUUACCGAACAAGACCCCAGCCCUCUACCUCUUCGGCAAGACCCGACGGCGAGAUGGUAAGGCGUCGUCGGGUAGGGCUGAGUACGAGUCCUGCUGUGUGGUCGUCACCAACAUCAUGCGAAAUUGCUUCUUCCUUCCGAGGGAGCAGUCGGAGGAUGAAGCGGAGUGCAAGGCGGCAUGCUACUCGGUGAUGCAGGAGUUCGAAUCGAUGCGGAAGAAGAGUGGUGGAGUGUUGGCAGCAGUGAAUAGAUACAAGUGCAAGUUCGUAUGGCGUAACUACUGCUUUGACCAAGUCCAUGGCAUACCACAUGGCCGGCUAGGGUUCCUCAAGGUCGUGUAUUCCUCCAACUGCCCUGCACUGCCAUCUGGCCUGGAAGGAAAGUCAUUCUCUCACGUGUUUGGCACCAACACCUCCUUGACCGAGCUCUUCCUUAUCAAGAGGCGUAUCAUGGGCCCAUGCUGGAUUCAGAUAAGCUCAGGGUCUUUCAACCCCUCUACGACACUGAACAAGCUAUCCUGGUGCGCUCGGGAAGUGAUGGUAGAGACAGGGACAAAGGGCAUUUCUGUGGUGGCUGCUGAUUCGACACCCCCGCCGCCGCCUCUAUCGAUAAUGAGUCUGUCCAUUAAGACUAACACGAUGAAGGCAAGCAAGGCGCCAACCGGAAAGGGUCGGUCGACGGCAGCUGCAGCAGCAGCUACGGCCCAGCACGAGGUAGCGGUUGUGGCUUACUACCAUAAUCCUACUCUUGAUGUUGAUGAGGCCAGCGAGGAAUGUCUAAGACGGGGUGGGUGUUCCCUGCGGGAUGUUUGUUACAGUUGGUUCGUAUGUUGGAUUGUUCUCAUGCAGAAUGUUGUGGUGGAGUCGAGUGAACGUGCCUUGUUGAGCCAUCUUGCGGCCAUGGUCACGAGGGCAGAUCCUGAUAUCAUAUUGGGCCAUAACAUAUUUGGUUUCGGGUUGGACAUUCUGGUCCAAAGAAUGCAGCAUCACAAACUCCCGGCAUGGCACAAAUUCAGCCGUCUCAAGAGGGAUGGUAGAGGCAACGCUGGUGGAGGCAGCCUUUGGUUGGGACGGAGUCUCACAGCGGGCCGACUUGUGUGUGAUACGUACUUGAGCGCCAGAGAGUAUAUGAGGUUGACUACGUACGACCUGGGUAGUCUGUCGAUGAAGCUACUGAAGACUGCACGUGCCCCUGUAUCACUGGACUCCCUGGUGAAGUUCUACGAGGACCCUAGGGCGUUGUCAGCCCUAGCUGAGCAUACGCUUACUGAUGCAGUAUUGCAACUACGGGUCGGCUGGGCCCUGCAGGUCCUGUCGUUGACGAGGCAACUGACCAAUCUGGCGGGGAAUCUGUGGAGUCACUCACUGCAGAACAAACGGGCUGAGAGGAAUGAAAUCCUCCUUGUGCACGAGUUCCAUAGGAAGAAGUUCAUCGUCCCUGACAAGGAGAGACCGGGUGAUCGGAAGAGCCACCAAGUUGAUGUCUUUGAUGAAAAUGGGGAUACUAAGGCGGCUACUGCCGGGCCUCGGAGGAAGAAAGCGGCGUAUGCCGGUGGUCUAGUGCUCGAACCGAAAGCGGGCCUCUAUGACAAGUUGGUGCUACUCCUUGAUUUCAACUCCUUGUAUCCAUCCAUUAUUAGAGAAUAUAAUAUCUGUUUCACGACAGUGGAGCGGCUGGAUGCCCACGACUCGGCCCUUGAAGAGAACGCUGGGGCUAUCCCCGAGCUCCCCAAGAGAGCCCCGGGUGAGGGAGACGCUAUAUUGCCGCAAGUGAUCACUCGGUUGGUUGAGAGUAGGAAGGAUGUUAAGAAACUUCUUAAGACAUGUAGCAACCCUAAGACUGGUAAUCAAUUGGAUAUCCGACAGAAGGCAUUGAAGCUUACAGCCAACAGCAUGUACGGCUGUCUUGGAUUCUCCAAUAGUCGCUUUUACGCUAAGCCUAUCGCUGCCCUCAUUACACGAACAGGAAGGGAAACUUUGCAGGCAACAGUGGACAUAGUAGAGAACCAACUACGGCUUGACGUGGUGUAUGGUGAUACGGAUUCUAUUUUCGUUCAUACUGGGACGGAAGCCUUCGACCAGGCCAUGCGUAUCGGCGCGCAGAUCAUGGCUGAGAUCAACAAACGCUAUAAGAAACUCGAGCUUGAUGUUGAUGGUGUUUUCAAGAGGCUUCUGUUGCUGAAGAAAAAGAAGUACGCUGGGGUGAAGGUCAUUGAUUGGGCUCAGGGCAUUGCCGAGAAGGAGUACAAAGGUCUAGACCUUGUGAGGCGAGACUGGUGCCCUCUCUCUAAGAAGAUGGGCGAUGAGGUCCUACGAUGCUUGUUGGGUCUUCGCGCUGAAUCGCCAACCCCUGCAUCGUCUGAUAACGGUUUAGCGGAUGUCGAUCGAUCGGCUCAGGAAGCGGAGCAUGUGGUGGAAUGGCUGCACGAUUAUGUGAAGAGCAUCAGCCUGAAGAUGGAUAACGAUGAAAUACCUCUGGAAGACUAUGUUAUUACCAAAGCCCUGACGAAGAUGCCGGCUGAUUACCCAGAUGCCAAGAGCCAGGCACAUGUGAUGGUGGCGAAAAGUAUGAUGGAGAGCGGCCAUGUGAUUCGGCCCGGCAAUGAGAUACCAUAUGUUAUCACCCGUCCUGUGGAGUCGGCGACGAAGGCAGACGCCGAUGGCGACCCCGACACUAAGCCAGCGGCUCUGGGCAACGAUUCACAAUCUGUCGCUGCGAGGGCUCGCAGUCCUGAUGAGGUUAGGAAGUUGGGGUCAUCUGUUAUACAGAUAGACACACAAUGGUAUAAAUCGCACCAAAUCCAUCCACCUCUAGUGCGGCUGUGCGCUCCAGUGAGCGGCACUGACGCGGCCCACUUGGCGGAGUGCCUUGGCUUGGACCCUAGCAAGUUCGCAUCUAUUGGGAUGAGCAACAAUAAUACGGGGGAUGGCGAUGAUAUCGAGACGGUGAUGGCCUCAUUGUCACAGAACAUAGACACCGAUACGAAGUAUUCUGAUGCGAGAAAGUUCCUUGCGGGAACUGCACGACAGUAUAAAUGCCAUAAGUGCAAGACAGUCUGCCAUAUUGCGGACGCUAUCAAACAGAAGGAGUGCGUGAAGUGCUCGGCGGAGAUAUCGUCGGCGCUGAUUCGCAACCUGUUGACACUGAUACUACGAAAGGUCACGAGAGAGGCCGGGCUAGGCUGGGUCCGCUGCGACGAUGAGGGCUGUGGAAGAGUAACCCGUCAGUUGCCGCUUGGUACGCCUCAUUGA